UGUCAAGUUAUCUUUCUUAAUAACAUACGAAUGUUUUUGAAUAUGAUGUGAAUUGAAAUUAAAUAUGAUCUUUGAAGUUGAUAUUCUACUUAUAUCCGUUAAGAUUUUUUUUGUCUAACUUUAAAAGUCCAAAAUUGAAGCAAAUAUUAAACAUUCUUAUAACUGAAACUGAAACCUAAUAUACAAUAAAUGCAGACUGUUUUUUGUAAACUAAAAUGCAAGAGCAAAAUUUAGCCUCGAAUAAAAAAUACUCUUGCCCGUUUGAUGGUUGUAAAUCUGAGUUUAACCGACCAUAUAGAUUAGCGCAACAUCGUUUAGUUCAUGUUAAUGUAAAACCUUUUACUUGUUAUGUAGCCAACUGUGACAAAGCCUACACAAGUAAAAGCCAUUUGGACCGUCAUGUGAACAGUGCACACAAAGAGAGUGAACUGGAUAUACUAUACUGUUGCCCACACUGUAUGAAAAAAUAUUGUAACCGACAGAAUCUCAAACGUCAUAUAAAGGUGAGCCACAUACAGAAUAACAAACCAUUUACCUGCGAUGACUGUAAAGCACAGUUCAAAAAGAAAGAUCAACUUGUGGCCCAUAUGUACCAACACAAUGGUAUUAAACCCUAUAGAUGUAACGUAUGCUCAAAAGAUUUUGUUACAUUGUAUAAAAGAAGAAAGCAUAUGAGAAACCACAGAACACAUAAAUGUGAACAUUGUGAUAUGACAUUUACAGGAUGGAUGGAUCUGGUCAAACACAGAAGAGUAGAUCAUGCAUCACCUGAAUAUAUUUGUAAUGAUUGUGGAAAAGUAUUUAAAGAGAGAUCACAUAUAAUAAGACAUGUAAAGAAUCACUUGCCAGGAAAUUCAGUAACAGCAUUCUUCUGUCCCUAUGAAAAUUGUCACAGGCAUUACUCAAGGAACAGUAAUUUAAAGCAGCACAUUUUAGUAAAGCAUAAAGGUCAGACUUUUGAUUGCACACUCUGUGGCGCGAAAUUAACAACAAAGGCCCGGCUAAACGACCACAUUGAUAGACAUACUAGACCAGAAGUUAUAUUACGGAUACCGAAAACUUGUGAAACCGGCAGAAAAAAAAGAAAGGAUGAAAACUCUAUGAAAUAUGUCACCGCUUUGAAGUUGGCGGGAAUAGUAAAAAAUAAAAUGGAAAAAUGUAUCGAUAGCAAAACGAUCAGAGAUGACACUUAAUUUUUUACAUAAAAAGACUUUAGUUUUUAAACUCCUCUGUUAUAUUGUUAGUCGAUAAAAAAUGGUACCUUAUUAAUUAUAAGUUCGAAACUUUGCUAUUCAAUACGUUGUUUAUAUGUGAUUUUUAUUCAUUUCAGAUGUUAAAAGAAACAAUUUAUAUAUAUAUGUGUGUGUAGUGACUAUAAUAACUAUUCUUUUCAAAUAUACUACAUUGUUUAUUAUUAUAUUCUACUUGAGAUACUAGUAACCGAAACUUCGGAAAAUGUAAAAUAAAAUACUUAAACUGAGUAGCAUAUCCAAAA